GUGACCCUGAGUGUUGAGAUCCUGCAGCAAUGCUGAGCAGGUUUCUAAGCCUGUGCUACCGGGAACUGGCCAAAAACUGGAUCCCUACAUCCAGCGUGAAGGGCACCGUGGGGGCCAUAGGAUGGCUAUGGGCCUCAGACUGGCCGCUGGUCCUGGACUGGGUGCCGUCCAUCAAUAGCAAGUUUAAGAAGGGUGAUUAGGCAGCCCCUCCUCCCCCCACAGUCCUCGCUGGUGUCACGCCCACUGCCUUAGAGACAGCUUAGCUCUGUGGAGGAUGCUGAGGAAGUCGCACACUGAGGAAGCCCACAUCACUCCAGGGGAGCAUCCGAAUUGAUGGA